AUGAACACUUCCAGCAGCCCUGUCUACUGCCCUUUCAUCCAGGCCAUGGUGAACGUCAGCGUGCCCUCCAACUCCUCAGCCAGAGCGGGGGCUUUGAACCUGGCUAUGGUGUGUCUCCACGGCCUGGUCUCCUCCUUCGGUAUCCUGGAGAACCUCCUCAUCCUGUGGGUGGUGGGCUUCCGCGUCCGCCGCACAGUCAUCAGUGUUUGGAUCCUCAACCUGGCUGCCUCGGACCUCCUUUCCACAGCCUCCCUCCCCUUCUUCACCAUCUUCCUGGCCCGCGGAGGCACUUGGACCCUGGGCACCACCUUCUGCAAGCUCCACUCCGCCGUCUUCUUCCUCAACAUGUUUGUCAGUGCCUUCCUGCUGGCAGCCAUCUCCCUGGACCGCUGUCUGGUGGUGCUGAAGCCCGUCUGGGCCCAGAACCGGAGGAAUAUACGCCUGGUUGGAAGAGUGUGUGGGAUCAUCUGGGCCCUGGCCGUACUCUGUACGCUACCAUACUACCUGUUCCGGGAUACUAUUCGCCGGCGUGACGGGCGGGUCAUGUGUUACUAUAACUACGCCCAGUAUUCCCUUGUUAGGGAGUUUGACCUAAGAGAGCUGUGUGAGGCUCGCCAGGAUGCCCUGGCCUUCUCUAAGCUCCUCCUGGCCUUCAUACUCCCCCUGGUGGUCAUUGUGGGAAGCUACGUGUUGGUGACCAUUGGCAUCGCACGGCGUGGCCGCAACCGGCGCUCUUUCCGCUUUGUGCGGCUAGUGGUAGCGGUGGUAGUGAGUUUUGUGGUCUGCUGGGCUCCGUACCACAUCUUCAGCGUCCUGGAAGCUGUAGCCCAGUAUCAACCCUCCCUCCGGGCCCUAGUGGCCAGCGGCCUGCCCCAAUCCGCCAGUCUAGCCUUCCUCAACAGUGUGCUAAACCCCAUCCUCUAUGUGUUCAGCUGCCCGGACCUGUGCGGUAAGAUCAGACAAUCUCUGGGAGCGGUGCUGGAGACCGUGCUGGCGGAAGACCUAGGGGAGUUGUCACGGCGACGCAGCACCCAACACUCCUCUAUCAGUGCUUCAGAGCUGCUGCUGAAGGGGAUGAGGUCCCACAACAACAACCCCAGCCUGAGAGGAGGAGACUCCAGGGCGGAGGAGGAGAUGGAGCAGGAGAAGCCACACCCUGCUGAUUGA